CAUCUGCGCGAUGAUGACACUCAUCCACACACAUACACAGUUACAUGUAUAUUUUCUGUCAUCAAGAAUAAAUAUAACAUUUAACAACAAUUGAAACAUCAUCACAAUGAAUAUUAAUAAUCGAUGAAAAUUUUAUAAUUAAUAACUUUUAUUAUUGUCAUUACAUUAUUGUUAAUUGGUGGUUAAUUAAUAAUUAACAUGGCAGAAAUUGGAGGACCAAUUCUUCAUGUAAUUGUCGUUGGUUUUCAUCAUAAAAAAGGCUGUCAAGUGGAAUAUUCAUAUCCUCCACUUGUACCAGGAUCACCAAAUGAGUGUCCACUUGGUUGGAAAUAUUUGCCAACUCUAGCAUUACCAGAUGGUUCACAUAAUUAUGAUGAAGAUACAGUUUAUUUUCAUUUACCAAGUAUAACAGAUUCUAAAAAAACAAUAUUUGGUGUUUCCUGCUUUCGUCAAAUACCAGCUGAGAAAUUAAAAAAUCGUACAUCUGAUAUUACAAGAGGAACAGUACAAAAAUCAGUAUGUGUACUUAGUACAAUACCUCUUUAUGGACAUAUACAAGUUAAAAUGGCACUAAUAACAUAUGCCUAUUUUAAAGAGGGUGAUUUCAGCAAGGUAUCACUUCUUGAAGAGACAUAUCGUAAUUUAAAUGAUUGUAUGAAUGCCGAUAGUCAAAUACCACCUCAAAUAUUUGUUGAUGAUGGUUCUCUCUGGUUUUUAGGAUUAUCUGCUAGAGAUUUUAUACUACAAUUUCGUCACAAAGCAUUGUUACUUUUCAAAUUAUUAUUACUUGAAAAAAAAGUUGUUUUUUAUCAAUCACCAGUACAGCCACUUUGUGCAGCAAUAUUAACAUUAUUAUCACUUCAUCCUGGUAUGAUUGAAAGUGGUCUUGAAAAAUCAGCAUGUAUAAGACCAUCUAGACCAAUGUCUCCAAUUCCAACAUUUGAAGAUGACGAUGAUGAUGAAUCAUGGUCUGAUAAACUACCUGCUGAUGAAAUAAAAAAUAUAAAUGAUGAUUUAAAUGGUUUUAAUGAUUCUAAAAAAAAUAACAAUGAAAAAAUAAUGAAUAUUAAUGAUGAAGAUGAUAACGUUGUUGAAAUUGAAACAACAAUUGUUAAUAAUUAUGCAAAUACAUUAAAUGAUGAUAUACAUCGUGUUCAAAGUUCAAAUAUGAUUAGUUUAACAAUGGAUGAUGCUGAUAGUAAUAUACCAAGAGAUAAUAGUAAUGAUGCAUUAUCUGAAGCACGUGUUACAUCAACAAUAACACAAAUUGCACAUGUUGAUUAUCAGUCAUGUGGAUUACCAAUGAAUUUAUUUAGCAAUGGUUAUUUAUGCUUGCCAUAUUUAUCAUUACCAUAUUUGGAUCUUCUUGGUGAUAAAAAUGUACGUGGCUAUGUUGUUGGUGCAACGAAUGUUUUAUUCAAACAAAAAAAACAAUUAAUUGAUGUUUUAAUUGAGGUAGAGAGUGCUAGAAUUGAAGCAACUGAUCCAGAAUUACGUCGACAAUUACAUUUGACAACUGAAGAUUUAAGAUUUGCUGAUUAUAUUGUUCGACAUGUUGCUGAACCAAGACAAGAUGUUUUUCUUGAUGGUGUUGGAUGGGAGGGUGGUGAUGAAUGGAUUAGAACACAAUUUCGUGUUUAUUUAAUGAGUUUAUUACGUACAUCAAUUCAACAAGAUACAAGACAAUAUGAUCAUUUUAAUUCGUCUUUUAUGAAUGCUUGGAAAUUAACUAAUAAUUAUAAUAUGUGGAUUAAUACAACAGCUAAAAAUGAUAUUAAUUUAAUUGAUUCUGGACAUUUAUUUGCUGGUCAACUAUCAGUUCAAGAUAUGAAAUUGAGACUUUCACACACAAUGCAAAAUACAGAAUCAGGAAGAAAAAUUAAUCAAGCAAUGGUUACAACUGGAAGAGCUGUUGCUUCAACUGGAAAAGCUGUUGGAGGAGCAAUUUCACAGGCAAAAGGUGCUUUUAGCAAUUGGUGGAGUACCUUGACAACUGUUCAAGGACUUGAAAUUGAUACUCUUGAUACUGGCAAUGAUAGCAUCAAUCAAGAAAUAACAGAAAAUAAAAUAUGCGAGGAACAAACGAAAAAUUAUGAAAAUGAAAUUAUCGAUCAAGUGAUAAAUACAAACAUGACCUCUCAUUUAACUGUCGAUUAAUAAUAAUUAUUAUUUCUAUUAAUUUAUUUUGUUAUUAAAAAACUUUCUUCAUGGUACUCAAUUAAAAAAUAAUUUUUUUUAUAAUUUAAUUUAAUUUAAUUAUAAAUUAUUUAAAGAAAAAUUUGCUAUAUAUUAUUUAUAAAUUUGAGUUAUUUUUUAAUUUGUUAAAUUUUUUAUUAUUUUUUAAGUCAUUAUUUUAAAUUAUCAUUCCCUGAUUGUUAAUUAUUGUUAUAAUAAUUAUUUAAUUUAAAAACAAAAAUAAAUAUUAUGGUUUUUCAUGCCGAUAAAAGUUACCACAAAAAAAAAAAAUAUAAUUUAAUUUUCAACACGUAUUAUUAAUUAAAAAAAAAAAUUAAUGUUAUUAAUUAAUAAACAAAAUACAUUGACUUUUAAGUUGAUAAACAAAAUUAAUAAUAAAAAAUCUGUAAAAUGUGAAAAAAUAAAAUAUUUAAAAACAACAA